AUGGACGUAGACAAGGUGUUCGAUGUUGAGUCCACAACAACCUACAUGGACAUGCUCAACGGUUCCGCGGUGAAUUUGGACGCCGGUAUCGAUGCAUUCGAUGCCGAGUGCAACGUUGAAGACAUUGAUGAGGAGGAGGAGGAUGAGGGUGACGAGGAGGAGGUGGUUGAGGUUGAUCCGGCUGCCGCCGGUUCUUCGUCGACGCCGAAGCCACGCACGGCGAACUACAGCGAGAUCGAAGACGCCAUCUUGGUCCGUGCUUGCAGCAAGGUGGGGAUGGAUGCGUGCACCGGAGUGGACCAAGGCGGCAAGCGAUAUUGGCAGCGCAUUGAGGAUCUGUACCACCAGCUGAAGCCUCGCACGAAGAGCAUGGCAGACAGAUCCUACCGCUCCCUUGAAGGCCGAUGGAACAUCAUCAAGCCGGCUUGUUCUCGUUGGAGUGCUGCCAUGGAUCAAGUGGCCGACAACCCCCCUAGUGGAUGCGUGCCGGAGGACUAUCCCAAGUAUGCUCAAGCACGGUACAAGGACAUGGCCGGCUCUAAGAACAAGGAAUUUCAAUUUCAACAUUGCUUUUCCAUCCUUCAACAUCUUCCUAAGUGGAAGUUGCGGGACAACGAGCCAAAGUGCAAGAAGGAGGCACUUCUCACCAUGGAUGAUGAAGCGGAGGACAUGAGUGGGAGAAACACCGGCAAGCCCGAGGGCAACAAGAAGGCCAAGGAGAGGGUCAAGGUAGAACUUGAAGCAGCUAGCUUCCGGGAGAAGUUGGAUCAACUCAUGAAGUCCAAGGAGGCAUUGACGAUGAAGACGUUGGAGACCAAGCUCAUCAUCACCGACAAGAAGAGUGUGGUGAAGCUUGCCAAGGUGCAAGCAAGGAAGGAGCUUGACAUGAAGAUGAUCGCAGCCAAAGAAGCCAAGGCCAUGAAGGAGCUCUUGGCCGAGGAGAGGGAAAUCAUGAUGAUGCGCACCGACGGCAUGGACGAGGAUCAGCUGGCGUGAUGGAAGGAGACCAAGGCGGACAUCAUUGCGAGGAAGAAGGCUGCGCGUCAAGCUCGUGAUCAAGGUGAGUCUCCGGCGAGCGGUGGCGCCGGUGGUGAUGGAUCCGUUGAUGGUUGAUCACAUUUGGGAAUUCCGUGGCUUGAACAUUGCCUAUGAUCGUGUUGUGAUGUUAAAACUAUGAAUUAUGCAUCAUAUAUUUUGGAUGUGCUAUGUUUGAUGUGAAAUUGUUGUGCAAAUUGCUGUCUAAAACCCUGUUUUGAGGGGCCAAAAACUC